GUCUUUUUUCACAGCUCCUUAAACCCCCCUCCCUCCCACCCCUCUCUUCCCCAACUCCAAACUCCCCCUUUUUCUCUCAACUACCACUAACUACCUCCAUCUCUCUCUAUCUCUUUCUCGAAUACCCUUAAAAAAUAUUAGAGGCAGAUCUUGCCCCCCUCUCUAUCUCUUAUCUCUCUCUCUCUCUCUCUCUCUUUCUCUCUCUAUCUGUCUAUCUCCUUCUCUCGUUCGGACUAAGUAUUAUCUCAUCAGAUUAUUUUGGGCUAUUUCUCUACAUGAUAUUGGAAGACUACUGCAAAUUCUACUUCCUCUUCUUCUCCGAUUCGACGAUCAAGACUUGUUGCUUAUGACACUCAAGACCUCAGCCCCUCUGCCCAGCGUCCCAACGGUCUCCUGAAAGCCGUCAUGCCCUCGUCUGAAGAGAUAGUGCCUUCGAGGUCACAACAGCAGCAGCAGCAGCAGCAGCAGAAGAAGAAGAAGCAGCCCUUAGUGGUCGUGACCUCUGCAGUGCCCCGGUGCCCCGGGACAUCGUGACCACAUGAUGUAAGGACUGGGCAGAUCCAAUUUCGCGAAGACAAGGACUGGCCCCUAUGACGGUUGAAGGCUAAAAAAAAAGAGAUAGAGAGAGAAAACCAAACGAAUAUCGCAGCCAGCGCUCAAUCUAAGUGGUAUAUAUAUAUAUAAUAUAUAUAAAUAGAACUUUAGUCAGUCUUCAGUCUGGCAGUUUGUCUGUCAGUCUAUUAUUCAGCUGUCGACAGUCAGCCUGUCACAGUCAGUCUGCCUGUCAGUCAGUCAGUCACAUGCUCAAAAACUCGAUUUUUGUUGGGGGGUCGUCUCUCCCUGUAAUAUUCCCACUCGCCUGUCUUGUGUUCAGUGAUUGAUAAAUAAAUAAUAAUAAUAAAAAUUAAUUAUUAGAAUCAGUCCCGUUUUGGAAAAAAAAAGGGCCAUACAAGCUAACAGACUUCUAUCGAGUGUUCGUGAAUAAAAAUAUACACUUUCGAUUUCUCUGAGAAAAAAUAAAUAAGAGAAAACUUUUUUUUAACGUGGUGCUGUUUGAAUGAAAUCCUGCUCAACAUAAAAUAAAAUAAAAAGUUUAAAAAGUGUAAAUUAAUGUAGAAUUUUUUCUGUAAAUUGUGUAAAUAGGUUCGUAAAAAUCAAGUGUACGUGUCAGCCAACGAAGUUUACGGGAAAUGAAGUUAAACAGACGUCAUAAUAAUAAGUAAUAAGUAAAAAAAAAGUUAAUAAAAAGUAAUAAUUAAGAUAGGUCCGUGAUUGAUUUACGUGUCAACCAUCGAAGUUGAAAGGAAGUGAAGAAAGACGUAGAAAUAAGCGAGAUGGAAGAAUCCUGAGAACCAAAGGGGGAGAAAAAAAUAAAAAAAGGACAAAGCAACGACCAUAAGCGACGGAAGGCAGCGUAGUAGGGACAAGGUCUAAAGACGCCAUUUCUCUCUCUGUCUGUCUCUCCCUCCCCCAAAUGGUGCUUCUAGAACCUCUUCUUCUCAUCCUUCUUCUGCUUCUACCUAUUAUGCGAGAGUCUCCCCCCUCCACCUCCACCUCCUUCUCCUCCACCUCUUCCCUACGUCUCCUGCUCCGCCAGAACUACUCCUCCUCACUCCCACUGAGAUGAAUAACCCCCCUGAAGUCGGGCCCCUCAAUACCCGCGAAUUCUUCUUCUUCUUCUUCUUGUCUACCUUCGGCUUUGUCGUCUCAGGCUUCGUCAGCAGCAGUAGCAGCAAAAACCUGCCGUCGUCAUCGUCGUUGUAGUCGUCAGGAGGAGGAGGAGGAGGAGGAGGAGGAGGAGGAGGAGAGGCGAAGGGGCCGCCGUGAGGACGCGGCUUUGGGAUGUCCUGUGGGAGGGCGUGAAGAGUUGUUGGUGGUGGCCGGCCGGGCCGUGCAAUGGCCACACUGCCUGCUGGCUGAGCUGGCCCAGGGGCUCCAUGGAGGAGUCCGGCCCCUGGCGAGGAGUCAAAGACGCCAUCCUGAGGGUGUGGACGCGGCGUGACUGUCGGGGAGGAGGAGGAGGAGGAAGUGGGGGGGGAUCAUCAUCAGACGCCCCCCAGCAGGGGUCCGACACCGGUCGGGGGCAGCAGCAUCAGCAGCAGCAGCAGAAGCAUCAUCAGUAUCAUCGUCAGUCGUUGUCGCCUUCCCCUUCCUCAGCAGCGGCUGGGCGGCCUCUGCAGGGGGCGGGGGCGCCGGUGACGACGGUAGGCCUCGAUGCGGCGACGGGGGGAAGGGCGCUCACCCUGGCCACAGUGGCCCAGCCCAGCCUUCGGCAGAUCGCCGUACCUGGCCCGCCGACGCUCACUCAGGGCUGCUAUGCUACUACUACUGCUGCUUCCUCCUCCUCCACCAGCAGGGCGGCGGCGGUGGGCGUGGUUGGAGGGGGCGUGGCCGCCUCCUCCCCAUCGCCGAGACUCAGUAGCAGACCCAAGGGCGAGGUCACCUUCGCCACCGGGGAAGACGCAGCGGGACGAGAAGGGGCAGAUGUGGAACUUCUAUCAGCUGAUGCGAACGCCGACCCCGCUGCAGAAGGGGAGGGCGGAACGGGCUGCAAAGCCCAGGAGCAGCUGGACACUCUGAUCCGCAACCGGGGAUACCACGUCAAGGAGCACAUCCCGCGGAAGGUGCUCGAGGAACAGGUCAUGGAGAAUAUCCGGCGGAGAGAGAGGAUCGCCAGGAUUCUCCGGCAGGAGAUGACGGCCGCCAAUCCUUCCCUCCUGAGGGAGGCUGCCGCCGAGGAGGAGGAAGCGGCAGCAGCUGCGGAAGCGGCGGCGGCGGCAGCGGUGGCCAAGGAACCGCCGCUGCGUCCCGAGCAGCCCGAGCGCACGGCGGAGAUGAUGAGUCUUCUGACGAAGGUGUGGUCUGGAAAAGGCGUAGGUGUCCUGGGCCGUGGAACUGGAGAGGUUGACUGGACGAGAAGUCAGUUCGUGCAAGAUUGCGUAAGGGAGCAUAACAAGCUCCGUUCUCUACACAAUGCCCCACCUCUCAGCCUUUCUGACCAGCUAUGCACUGAGGCACAGACCUGGGCCAACAGACUAGCUCACUACAGCCUACUGGAAUACAGCUCUGAGUACGGCCGUGGCGAGAAUAUAUUUACCUCAUUAACCAAAAAUGAAUUAUCUGGUAGUGCCGUGGCCAAAGCUUGGUAUGAAACUGGUAGAACCUUCAAAUACAACGUGAAUGGCUCAGCUGAUCUUGCUCAUGCUGGUCCUUUUUCUCAAGUGGUCUGGGAAUCAACGAGAGCCGUCGGAAUCGGCUUCGCCCGCGGCACCGACGGCCGCACCGUCGUGGUGGCGAGGUACUGGCCCCCUGGGAACAUAGGAGGGCAGUUCAGACUGAACGUGAAGCCGAGCAUUAACGAGAAGGAGCCACCCGACAAGAACAGGGGCGUCCUGAUGUCCCGCACCCGCCAGGAGGCUCACUUCUAUGUCAGCAUCGCCCUGGAACCUCCGGGCAAAGUGAAGAAGUGCGAUAAGGAGAAACUCAUGAGCGGGCUGAGGUUCCCCACCAGGAAGAAGGUAUCAGAGGAGGAGAGCUUGGCCAGUGAAACGCUCCUGACGAACGCCGCGACAAUUGACAGCCUUGCGCCAACCACGCCCGUCAGGAACGGGGCUGCAAGGACCUCGAAGCUGUUUCCCAUCUGCUGUGUGACCCCUGCGAAGACUGAGGAGAGAUGGGCCCAGCCCAGUGCCCGUAGCUACCGCCAUUUGCAACAACAACAACAAGCUUCUCGUCUCGAACCUGAAGAGCUUGACGUGGGAAACAUAAUGAGCGGGAGAGGAGGCGUAGGUGGCAUCCCCAUACUGAAAGAGGACCAAAUCGAAACUAUUAGUUACUCCCCUCACCACAGUGAGGACUUCUCACCGAAGAAGAAGUCGAUACUGAGAAACUCGCCCAGGAGCUCCCCUAGAUUAGCGCCAGCUCCUAGGUUGGGCGAGUUCUCCAAGCUGUCUUCGGGGGGGCCGAAGAAGCUGACACUCUCUCCCCGCCACCACGGUGCUUCCCCAAAGAAGCCUGGCGCUACUUCGCCCAGGCUCGGGGCAACCUCACGACUAAAAGCUCUGUCAGGGUCGGGUGAACACGGCGGCGUGGUCAUAGCGACGCUGUAGCACCCACCAUCCCAACUAUGCAGGACUAGUGGCUUGUUAUUGUUGUUGUUCCUAAUUCCUAAUUAAAGAAAAAGAAUUGUCGGGUAGCGUUCAGUAAAGAAUGUGAAGGUGAUGGCUGAAGGUUUAAUGAUUUGAGUGUUUGCUUGGUUGUCUAUGAAAAUACUGUGUCUUCUCACUAAACAUUGAGGUGAAGGUCUCAAGUGGAUUUGGAAAUUGCUAGGUGGUUGUUGAUAGUUGAACGUGAGUUAUAAAUCUUAUGAAUACAGAUAAAGUUGCCGCCAGACUGAAAUGAACCAUAAGCAUGCGGCUUCUCAGAACACGUGGUUGACUGCGCUACAAGGAAACCCGAAUUUGCCCAAUCUGUGGCAAAUUCCCAAAUGACAUUCUACAGAUUCCCGAAAAAGCUUCAGGAAUGGUCGCUUUGAAGAAAGCCUCUGACAUUAUUUUGAUAUGAUUAGAAUAAAGUGCAUUAUAUAUACCUCCUUUUUUACUUUUACUAUAAAUAUUAAUGCAUAUUUUCAUGCAUUGCUAGAAUGUAAAGCCUUCUUCUGAAGUUUUAAGGUCUGCAAUAAGGAAAUCAAAUACGGAAGGAAGUUGCUCAGGUGGAUUGCUCACUAACUGUAAGGUCUUUCUUAUUCGAUGAGGAGGCACCUUACGUUUCUAUACAGGAAGAGCUGGCCAAUAGGUAGAUAAGAAGCGUUUGCAGGGACGGCGAACUGUGAAACCCACACUGGUAGGAGUGGUGCUUCACUAGGUGAAAAGCUCCUUGUCUGACAAGGAGGAACGUGCUACAAGGACAAAAAGGAAAGUGGAAGCCUUGGUACCUGGUGAUCACAACAGAUGCAAAACUCCAUUUCACUCAACAAAAUUGUAAAUUUUCUGUUUCUGUAAGGAAAUAAUCUUUGGCAAUAAUAGCUAUACUAAAAGGCUGGAAGAGCCCUAAUCUAUUAACUCUAUAAAUUUUAAUCCUGACUUAUUAAUCCUUUGCCAAGAGUUGUUUCAAAUUAGGUGCCCCUAAAUUGUACUUUCUCUCUGAGUUGUCUGAAAACCACAAUGUAUUUCUUUGUAAGGCUACCUUAGAUCAAUCAAACUCAUGGACAAGCAAUAUCAAAUUAAGGCAAGACAUCUGGAAAACAAGAAGAAGAGGUUACAUAUUAGUGCCAAGUUAGACUUAGUCUGCAAAAAAAAAUUUUGUGAAGCUUUUACAUCUGUUGAAUUUUUAACGCUUCGCACUUUGUACGAGUACCGACAAAUUUUUGAACGUUAUAUUUUUUUCCACCCACGUUUCGUUCCGCAGAUUAUCUCCAAUAUUUACCGAAUGCCACGUCGUUGUUAUAGGUUGGAAUGACAUAGAGGGGAGUGUUAUCCAUUGAACAGGAGUUGUUUGUUGAAUGUUACCAGCUGGUCGAACUUAGACCAAAGCUUUUGCCAGACAAAGAUUGGAGAACAAAUAUAUCUAAGAGAUCCACACACAGUUUUGGAUCGCCACGCUCCCAUCUCAAUGUGUCUCCACACUGAAGAUGGAGCAUGACACUCCAAAACUGCAUUUGAAUUUCUAAGAUAUAACUGUAAACUGUUCUCCAAUUUAUGGCUUUUUUCAAGUUGCAAAGAUGUGGAUUGUCAGAAGCAUCAUUACUGAAGUCAGAUUCAGCUCAGCAAUGAAAAUGACCUUUUGAUUAGCAAACCUAUCAGCUUUUCAGAAACUUAUACAGUAACCUUACACAGCUUUCCCAAAACCACUGUCAGCGUAAGACGUAGUUUAGUGGCCACGACCCUCUCCCCCCACACGUUUCCCUUUGAGCUUACCCUAAAGGUACCUUAAAACUGAUUUGAUGAUGGUGAGGUCUUGUAGACUUGAAUUAAGUCCAUAAGACUUAGAUUAAGUCUUACGGACUUAACCCUUUAGCUGUAGCAUUUCCCGAGGACUCGAGUCAGGUUCGCGUGGCGACGUUAACAAACAGCUCUGUUCACAGGAAGUUCACUCUUAACAAAUGCUUCCAUUACUACCAUUAAUCACUCAAUGCACAUGACAGAAUGCUUAUGCAGUUGCUUCAAGGUUAGAAAUGAUGACAUAUUGAGACCAUACACUUACUGUGCGAAGGGGGUACUUGGGAGAUUUCUUACCGCAGGUGUCUAGAGCUGUCUCCGUACCUAUGUUUCAUGCUAAUAAUGGUGCUAAUUUUCAUUUAUUUGCCUCCUGUUCACACUGUCCUGUCUCUCUAAACCUUACCCUAAGCUAGAUUUGAUUAUUUGUUACCUGCCUUCAUCUUAACCUCGUUGGCCUUCCUUGAGUCUUAUCAAACUUUCAUCUAACAAUAAUUUUUCUCCACUAUUUCAAUGUAAUCAGUAUCACUCCAUAAUAAGCAGUUUCCCAUAAGAGACUGCCAUUUCAGAACAAUACGAGACAGUGGUUGCUACCAUAGACUCCGCUAAAAUCUGCAACGAAGCAUUUCUAAUUUGAGGAUCUGAGCGAAAUCAAAUCAAUCCCUUCCCAACUUCAAAGUGUUAUGAAUCGUGAAAUAUAAAGCUAAAAGUAACUGAGGGCUCAAAUCAAAGUGUAAAUAUAAACAAUUAGUAAGCACAGACUAACUACUCUUUCUUAAUGCAUUCCUUUAGGAGCUGUUAGCACUUGGCACUCCCAUGCCUACCCAUUUCACAUACCCAUUUCGUCUUCCAUGCCCCUGUGAAUUCCCUUCUAAACAAUUUAAGUGUUCGUUCAAAGCAGACUGAACAUCUCUGGCUAGAAACCUCCCAACCAAAACCCUCCUCGUGAAUUAUGUAAUAAUAAAAUAAUAAAACCGUAUGUAAUCGUAUAAAAAUUAUGGUCUUAUAAAAAACUAAAUAAGAAUAAUUCUCUUUCAUAUCCGCUUUGUAGAUUCGCUCUAAAUAAAAAUAAAAAAAACUUUCCGGAUUACGUCACUGCACACACACACACACACACACAUGAAGAAAGGAAGAAGACACACGUCUCACACACACAAGAAGACGUCGUCUGCAAACGAAUGAUCGACUCCUUUUCACCACCACCAACCAGCAUGUAGAGAGAGAACAUUUUUUCUAUUUGGGGCCUUCUAGGCUGUUUUAUGCAAAAUAAAAAAAACAAGUUUUUUCUAGACUAAUAGUUUCUCUCCCAUAUAUCGGAGAGUGGGGGAAGGAGGACGAAGGAGUCUUACGAAUAAUAAUAUAAUAAUAUCGAUCAUGAUAAUGUUACAGUUGAUGAUGAUGUUAAGGUUCGUUGUCACUUUUUAAAAACAGAGGGAUGGAGAAUAGUGGUUCAUAUGAUCUUUUGGGGGAAGGUGUCACGUCAUGCCAUAGCCAUCAGGACACUGGCUGCUGCUCGCUGUUCAUACAUUUCCGCUCAUUGAACAAAUCAUUCUUUUUGACGUGAAGGCAAACGAGUUAAAAUUACCAUGUGUUAAUGGUAACAGGCCUUGAAAACCAAUUUCCUUUGUUGCACUAGUAAAAUUCACUUGAACAAAAUAUAAUUGACUUUAUGUUAUGUCAAAAAAAAUUAAUUUACUUCCUGUUCUGUAAAAAAAAAUCACAUGUAAUUCAUUUUCUUUUUUGUAAAAAAAAAUGAAAUUUACUUCCUUUUAUGAAAAAAAGUAAUGUAAUUUGCUGUUCUGUAAAUAAAAAAGCACAUGUAAUUUAAUUUCGGUUGCGUAAAAAAUUUUUAUGCAAUUUACUUUAUAUUAUGUAAAAAAUUACAUGUAAUUUACUUUACAUCAUGUAAAAUAUGACAUGCAAUUAACUUUGUGUUCUGUAAGAAAAUUACAUGUAAUUUUCUGUACAUAUGUAAAAAAGAAAUAUAAAUUACUUCAUGUUCCGUCAAAAAGUCAUGUAAUUUACUUUAUGUUCUGUAAAAAUAUUCACAUGUCAUUUAAAUGACAUGUGAAAUGUUACUAAUUCUGAAAGAUAGA